AUGGAUCUCAAGCAAACGGAGAGUUAUUUUCGCGGCUACGUUUUUCUUCCAUGCUGCAACGAAGAGCAUUCGUAUUUUCAUGGGUAUCAACCCAGUUAUUACCCCUCGCAAGUUUCAAAAUGUGACGCCAUUUUACAAACAAGAAGAGAUCAUCAAGUUUCUCAUACAUCCCGGUUUACGCCACACAGUGGUGAAUAUCGGUUGUUAUUGCCCGCCACUCAGAGGGAUCCACGACCACAGCCAAAUGAAAUUUGCCAACAUAAACUCAGCGUAGGAAAUUUGCCUGAGAAGGCAUUAUCAAGAGAUUUUCGCGAACACCGAGGUUUGAAAACGGAGGCUGGAUACAAAAGGAAGCGAAACCGCACAAUCUUCACCACAGACCAGUUGCAGCGGCUUGAAAAUGAGUUCGAUCGUCAACAGUAUGUAGUUGGUACUCAAAGAUUUUACCUUGCUGCUGACUUGGGGCUGAACGAAACACAGGUUAAAGUCUGGUUCCAGAAUCGCAGAAUCAAGUGGAGAAAAGAGAAUUUAAUUCAUCUGGGAAGCUCAAAAAGUAACUGUGAAGCAGAAAACUUACAUUUGUAGAAAGAAACAAUGUCUUGUGUAAUUUUAA